AUGUUGUUCGUUCGCAAGAAUGUGGUUAUAGCCACAUUCGUGUUGAUAUUCCUUGUUUACAUCCUCUUCCAUCGUCUACCGCCUGGUGCGGACGUUUCCAAUACGGAAAAAGUCGAGGCACAAUCCACCAAAACCGAUCCUGUCGUAGAGGAGACCGUCCACUGGAAACACCACCCGGAUAAUUACCCCGUCUCCUCCUACAUCCCUCUCCCGACUGGAAAUGCGCCUGCGAUCCCCAAGAUCCAGUACGACUUUCCUCGCGAAAGUGCAGCUGACCGCAAGGAGCGGGAGCACAGACAGGCCGCCGUAAAGAAGGCGUUCCAACACGCCUGGAAUGGAUACAAGGAGCAUGCCUGGUUGAAGGACGAGCUGGUUCCCAUAACAGGUCUCUGGAGGAACACCUUCAGUGGAUGGGCGGCGACGCUAGUCGACACGCUUGACUCGCUGAUCAUUAUGGGUUUGGACGACGAUUUCGAGCAGGCUCUGGCAGCGCUCGAUAAGAUCGAUUUCACGACCACGCACGACACCCAGCUCAACGUCUUCGAAACCACCAUUCGCUAUGUAGGAGGAUUCCUCGGCGCAUACGAUCUCAGUGGAGGGAAGCACCCGAUCUUAUUGCAGAAGGCCCAGCAGCUGGGUGAAAUGCUGUACAAGGCCUUCGAUACCCCGAAUAGAAUGCCGCAGAGUCGCUGGGACUGGAUGAGGUCCGCAGUAGGUUUGGAUAUCAGGCCUAGCCGCAACACGUUGCUUGCAGAGUUGGGCUCGCUGAGCAUGGAGUUCACACGUCUUACGCAACUCACCGGUGAUCCGAAGUUCUUUGAUGCCGUCCAGAGAGUCACGAAUGUCCUAGAAGACCACCAGAAAACGACCCGAAUUCCCGGCCUGUGGCCUGUCAUGGUAGAUGCGCAACAUCUCGACUUCUCCGAUCGCCGCUUCACCAUGGGUGGAAUGGCUGAUUCCACGUAUGAAUAUCUCCCUAAGGAAUAUUUACUCCUAGGAGGCCGUUUGCAGCAGUACAAAAAUAUGUACCAAGCCGCCAUGGACCAGAUCAACAACAAGUUGCUCUACCGUCCCAUGACGAAGAACGGCGAAGACGUUCUCAUAGCUGGAAAUACACAAGUUAGCGUUUCGACCAGAAUCGGGCUGGAGCCUCAAGCUCAACAUCUCACUUGCUUCAUUGGUGGCAUGGUCGGUAUCGGAGCGCGAAUCUUCGAUCGCCCUGAGGAGCUUGCCACGGCACGGAAAUUGACAGAUGGGUGUAUCUGGGCCUAUGAUUCGAUGCCUACGGGCGUGAUGCCUGAAAUUUUCUAUACCUCCGUCUGCAGUCACAAGGAGGAUUGCGAUUGGGACGAAAUGAAAUGGUACCAUGACAUCCGCCGGCACUUCAGUUUCGGCGGCACCGAGUCGGACGAGGAAGCUGCAGUGGAAGCCAAGAAGCUGAUUGAGGAACACGGCCUCCAGCCUGGAAUCACGGAAGUCAAAGAUAGUCGAUACAUCUUGAGGCCGGAGGCAAUCGAGUCUGUCUUCAUUAUGUACCGGAUCACUGGCGACAAGAAAUAUCAAGACGCUGCAUGGCGGAUGUUCCAGAGCAUCGACAACCUCUCCAAGACGGACAUCGCGAAUGCUGGCAUCACUGAUGUCCGUUCCCGCCAGACCGGGAAGUCGGAUAAGAUGGAGAGCUUCUGGCUUGCAGAGACGCUGAAGUAUUUCUACCUCGUUUUCUCCGAGCCAGACGUUGUCAGUUUGGACGAAUAUGUCCUGUAA